AUGGGCACUGACAUUCAACAACAGGGCACCAUCUACACGCUCAUCGUAGUGGCAGCUCUGGUCAUCGCGGCGCGCAUCUAUCUUCGCAUCGUCAUUCAGAAGCGACGACUCUUGGUUAGCGAUUUCAUCAUGAUCUUAGCUUGGCUCUCAGCGGUGUCGACAUCAGCUUUUGACAUUCUACUCAAAAAACACGGAGCAUUAGAGGCCCACAUUAAUUAUACUCUCACCAACUACGAGGCAGACUCGGUAGAAGAGUUUGAGCAUGUACUGAAGAUGAUCUGGGCCUCAGUCAUCCCAUUCUUCACCACGUUCUACCUCUGCAAGGCUGCUCUCAUUUCAGUCUACCUCCAACUAUUCCCACCGUUCAUGAAGAAGAGAAGGAUGCUAUUGUGGGCAACAAUCAUUUAUUGUGUGGCUGCCUAUAUCGUGUCAAUCAAAGAGCCAGAGAAAAUGUGCCCCGAAGAUGAUCUCAAGCUCGUUUUUGAGGUAGCUUGGGCUUUGCACUUCACCGGAAGUCUUGCUCUCUUUGCCCUCCCUUUCCUCAUCCUACAAAACCUAAACAUGCGGACCAAAACCAAGAUUGGCGUCUAUUGCGUCUUUCUUCUUGGCUUGAUUGACAUCGCCUUUUCUUUGACGCGAUUCUUGACAGUCCUUCUAAGUCAUGAUGGGAGCUUUCGAGCCAUCACAACAAUCGGUAUCGCGUUGGAUGUUUACGUCGGCCUCAUCAUUGCCUGUCUCCCCUCCCUCCGACCCUACCUCCGCCGCAACUUUGGAGCAUCUUACCAAUACGACUACAACGAGUCUGGAAGGGUGACAAAAUCGACAGUUACUCGAAGGCCAGGCCAAAGUGGGUUCGAGGAGCUUGGCGAAGGUCCAUACGCUGGACCAUCAACAGGCGGGAGCCGAGCGAUAGCGAGUCGUCAUGCUGCAGAGUCGGCCGAGUUUAGCACCGAUGGUGAUGACGACAAGAAGAGCAACAGGAGUGACAUUGAGCUCGUUAAUAUUAAUGUUGGAGCUAAUGGUAAAGAACGAGCCCAUGCCUAA